AUGCUGCGACAAUUGAGGCUUUUUAGUUUCGCCAAAAAUGCUUCUACGCUAUAUAAACGCCAUACAGGGUUACUGAGGAUGCGCUGUAACCCCUGUGAUGGUUGCAAAUAUUUUGCGUCACAGGCGUCUGCCUGUGUGUCCAAGCCAGUAGAUGCUCCAGUAUUCGACGAGAGAUUCGUAGACCCUUUCAAAAAAGGCAAACGUACUCAAGAAUAUGAAUUCGAACGUUUAGACGAUCUAAGUGCCCUUACCAAUGUCGUGGAUUCCGGUAUACAAUCUAUAGGAGGAGGAGGAGCCCCUGUAAAGAUGCUUGUCGUACCUCCAGAAGUCAUCCAGCAACUUACAGAACGAGCUUUUAUCGAGAUCAUGCACUUCCUUAGAACCGAACAUCUGAGCCAACUGAGAGCUAUCUUGGAUGAUGCUGAGGCCAGCAAUAACGAUAAAUUCGUUGCUAUGCAGCUAUUGAAAAACGCGUGUGUUGCUUCUGGAGGAGUGUUACCAGGAUGUCAGGAUACCGGUACAGCUAUAGUUGUUGGCAAACGUGGUAACAGGAUCUAUAGCGAGAAUGACGAAACCUCAAUUGCCAAAGGUGUAUAUGACGCAUAUGUAAAGAGGAAAUUCAGAUACAGCCAAAUGUCACCACUGACCAUGUUCGAAGAAGUUAGUACCAAGUGUAACUUACCAGCACAAAUCGAACUAUACUCUAAGGACGGAGAUUGUUAUGAGCUCCUUUUCAUUGCUAAAGGAGGCGGCUCGGCGAACAAAACUUUUCUAUACCAACAAACAAAAGCAGUGCUUAACCCGGACGUACUCGUCAACUUCCUUAUGGAUCAAAUAAAAACAAUAGGCACUUCAGCAUGCCCGCCGUAUCACCUGGCGGUUGUCAUAGGUGGAUUAUCAGCUGAAAUGACCUUGAAAACUGUUAAAAUGGCAAGCUGCAAGUACCUUGACGGGCUACCCACUACUGGUGACAAUUUUGGUACUGCAUUUCGUGACUUGAAGCUAGAAAAUGAAAUCCUCAAUAUCACAAGAACUCUGGGUAUUGGUGCGCAGUUUGGUGGCAAGUAUUUCUGUCACGAUGUUAGGGUCGUGCGUUUGCCAAGACAUGGAGCUUCAUGUCCAAUCGGUAAUUGGCAUCUACUAUUGAAGUUAUAUUCGUUCGUAGGUAUAGGUGUAUCUUGCUCAGCGGACCGGCAAAUCAUGGCUAGGAUCGAUUCCUCUGGUGUCUAUCUGGAAAAGCUCGAACAUGACCCAGCCCAAUUCUUACCGAAUAUUGAGGAGAACCACGACGAUAAGGAGAUACACGUAGAUCUUGAUGCAGGCAUGGAUAAAGUAUUGGAUCAGAUUAGGCAAUAUCCAACUAAACAACGCCUACUUCUUAGUGGAACUAUGAUAGUUGCCAGGGAUAUUGCACAUGCUAGAAUGAGCCAGAUACUUCAGGAAACUGGCGAUUUACCAUCAUAUGCCAAGGAAUAUCCCAUCUAUUAUGCUGGCCCUGCCAAGAAACCAGACGGUUUUGUAAGCGGAUCUUUCGGUCCUACGACCGCUGGUAGGAUGGACAGUUACGCUGCUAAGUUCAUGGAAAAGGGUGCCUCGCUCAUUACACUUGCCAAGGGUAAUCGUUCGCGCGCCUUUGCCAACGCGUGCAAAAAAUACGGAGGUGUAUACCUAGGAUCUGUGGGCGGCCCAGCCGCGCUAAUCGCAAAGCAAUGUAUCACUAGCGUCGAGGUUAUAGACUUCCCUGAGCUGGGAAUGGAGGCUGUACAUAAAAUCACGGUCAAGGACUUUCCAGCGUUCGUUAUAAUAAGACUACUUAAGUGGGAGGAGCUCGAGUACUUAGAAAAGGCUAUAAGUACAUUAAUGAACGACAGAAGGAAGGCUUCUGGUUUGAGACUCGCAACUAUCGAACGGGCGAUCAAAAACCUUGUUGAACAAUCGCAAAAUAUAGCCCAGACAUGUAUAACAUAUUAUAAAGAUGAAGAUGGACUUAGGAAGGAAGAGAUUAGGUAUCUCGCCGGUCAACAGGAGGGAGGGAGGACUGCUGCCUCAAAGGACGAUGACGGUCAACUGUGGACUAACUUCUAUAGUAAUCUCAAGAGUAUAAAGGACUACUAUAAACGCAAUGAAGGGUUAAAUGUGCCUGUAGAAUCGCGUACUGUAGAUGAAGUGCUGAAGGAGGCUAUGUCCAAGGUCAAUGUUGACCUAGAAUUCACUCCAGACGAAAACUAUGGUAAAUGUUUAGAUUUACAAGAACACUAUAGAAGGUUUGUAAACCUGCAAGAUCUGCGGAACUUCAGGGCAAAACUACACCAACAGCAAGAAAUACUACGAUUCAAUCGAAAGGGUAUUCAGGACAAGGAAGAAUUGGAGGCAAAUAUCACACCAUUCACCGAAAUAGAUUACGUUACAUACCUAAAUCGAUUCGAUCAAUUCACGGAUAUUCCUAGACAUUGCAAGUAUAGAGUAAAGGAAUAUUUCGAGUACCUUGAAAAACUUCUCGAGUACCUAGUAGGAUUCUUCCAAAGACAAAACCCCUUGGCUACCACAGAUACGCUCAAAAGAUCAAUAGAAGAUGGAUUCGAAACGGAAUGGACCGCUAACAGACCUGCGCAUUGGAAAGAUCAUACAGAGAAUAUGGAGCUCUAUUUAAAACCGGUAGACAGACUUUUUGCCUCAAGCGGGGUGUUGCAGUCAUUCCAGAAUGGGAAGAAAUAUAAAAAAAUUGUAGAAACAUUCUCGAAGAAAACAGCACAAGAAUUAGAGGAGCAUUCAAAGGCUAGCAGAGAUCAUGAUAAACAUCUAGCACUGAUGGAGUAUAUGAUACAACACUACAAGCAGUUGCUUUCGAACACUAUCGAGAAGACCAUCGAAUUCAUAGAGAAACGCGAAUCACGCAAUAGCAAGGAGCUGGAAGAAUCGCAAAGUCUCGCGCUAAAAAUAUUAGAUUCAGUUGGUGCAGACAAACAUCUCGAUAUCGACGACAUAUCCAGUGGAGAAGAGGAAGAGCAGCCUAUAUAUAACCCUUUGAAUCUGCCAUUAGGAUGGGAUGGGAAACCCAUUCCUUUUUGGUUAUACAAACUCCACGGCCUAGGCCAGGAGUUUAAAUGUGAAAUAUGUGGUAACUACUCUUAUUGGGGAAGGAAGGCGUUUGAGAAUCACUUCCAGGAGUGGCGGCAUUCAUUUGGAAUGAGGUGCCUCAAAAUACCAAACACUCCACAUUUUAAGGAAAUCACUAAAAUAGAAGAUGCAUUCGCUUUAUACGAAAAAUUGAGGAACCAAAAUGAAAAGAACACAUUCAAGGUUGCACAAGAGGUCGAGUGCGAGGACUCCGAGGGUAACGUCAUGAAUGCCAGAGCAUAUGAAGACUUGAGGAGGCAGGGUCUACUAUGA